AUGUCCCUGACUGGCUGACAGUAAAGGCAGAGACACAUCUCUGAGUGGCUGACGCGAGGAUGAAGCACUCCUCUGACUGGCUAAGACGAAAGUGAAGAUCGUCCCUGAGUGGCUGACAAUAAAGGGUGAGACACUCCCCCUGGUGGAGCUCGUGUCUUAUAAAAGAGAAGUGAAAUAUACAUCAACGCUGCAGAGCGACGCUGACUCGACUAAUAUCAUGUUGACACCAUUGUUAGUGUUGUGUAUGGUGAGUGUGGGAGUGUGGGCGACCACUGCCAUCAGGGAGGAACGUCAGGUGGUCCUCGACAACUCCUACCCGACUGUCCUCUACAUUAACACAGCCCUCGACUCAGCCUCUGCCAACACCAGAGCCGAUACUUCAAAUGUCAUCCACGUUAACCUGUACCCACCUAACCAGAAACCUGCAGAACCCAGGCGGGCGGUUGUGGUGCUGAGAGGUGAGGCUGAAGGCACUCUGGUACUGACGCAGGAAGACCCUCCCGCGGGUGUCACCCGCAUCGAGGGCUCCAUCUCGAACCUCACUAGCGGCCUCCAUGGCUUCCACAUCCACCAGUUCGGCGAUCUCUCCGGCGGCUGCGGCACCGCAGGCGGACACUACAACCCCUUCGGGAAACAGCAUGGGGCCCCCGAGAAUUUCAAUCGUCAUCUGGGUGACUUGGGCAACAUCGUGGCUGACGAGUCUGGCGUCGCCUUCGUCAACAUCACAGACCCUCUGGUGGCUCUGACGGGUCUCAGGACAGUUGUGGGUCGUGCUGUGGUUGUUCACGCUGGCGCGGAUGACCUCGGCAAGGGUGGCAAUGAAGAGAGUCUUAAGACUGGCAACGCUGGAGGUCGUGUGGCAUGUGGCGUCAUAGGAUUCGCUUAAGAGGUUCCUACGCAGUGAGAUCUGGAGAGGGACGUAGGCUUGCAAGAUGCCUGAGGUCACAUGGAUCCUCUGCACCUCAGGAAACUAUCCUUCACCUACAACCACAACAGCUCCAAGUAUACUUCCACAAUGCUAUACAAGUUACUGAUGCACAUGGCUCUCCAGGUCUCCUUGCAUUAAAGAACAUAAGAACAGAGCUCACACUGUAGUUGGAAUAUUAGAUCAUGUUAAAUAGCUUUUACUUACGCUAAAACCAUUCCUAAGAACGUGACAAGAAAGAAUUCUACCAAUUUUUAUUUGUCUAAUACCAUAUCAUUAUAUAUAAGAUAUUUUUUAUCACAUACCGAAAAGUGAGAGACAAGAGAUAAGUAUAGCACUGGGAUAUUUAUUGAGAAGACGUAUCUCUCUGGAGGCUUUUUCCAAAGUUUCCCCGAGCAAAACAUUUCACUAUAUAUCUUAGUACUACACAUACGUCUAUAUCAAACAAACGAUCAUGUCUACGAGGUCAAACAUAGACCCCCCCCCCCCCCACCCUGCAAUUUGUCAGAUUCUCUUGUUGUGAGUAGUGACGAAUGUGAUAACAAAAAGAAUGUAUACAGACCAAAUAAUAAUCUAUUGUUAUAUAAUGUUAUCAGGUAAACAUGUAUUUUUUGUAUUUACAUAAUAUGUUGAAAAAAUUGGACCUACGGUGAAACUAUACAA